UUUCUCGGGUUUACAUCGCAUGAAUCUCGAUUCUGUAAAUAAAUUGUUGUAAAUAUGAGUAAAUCUAAGCCUGGGACUUCCAAAGAACCUCCAAAAGAGAAGCCUUUUCCGAUUCCUUUGGUCGAACAAUACACCAACAACUGCGAAAGGCUCAAAAAAUACGAAAGUGCCGUCUUAAAACGUUUCGCCCCCAAAAUCUCCGAAAUCCACGACGAAUUCAUCCGCUUAACCUACGUCUUUGACGAAAACUUCCUUCCGGAAUAUGCGGCACUGGCUUAUAUGGGCGCCGCUCGUUGCGAAAAGGUCCAAGAUCGGGUAAUAGUUGAACGUCACUACCUCAUAAAAGCUGCGGAGGCAUUUUUGAAAGCCUAUCAGCGUCGUUUUGAUCUCGGCUACAACGAUGGCGAAGAGGAAUAUCGUCAGGGAGCGCUCCGAUGCUACAACGACAUUUUAGAAAACCCGAAAUUGCCCAAAGACAGCGUUAUUCGAGCCAUGGUGAUACGCCAACUGAAGACAAUUGAUCCAGAAACCAGUCAAACGAGCACUUUUGACUCCCCGUUCAUGCGAUAUGAAGAUCUGAAAAGAGCAGCGAUUUACGAUAUCAGUCAGGAAUUUUAUAAACCAGCUUUGAACAAACUCACAGACAUUACCGACGACAUUGUCGAACGAAAAAAGGAACUUUUUCACCCAGAAAUGAUGGAAUAUUCGGAAAUUACGAGAUUAUUGUUGUUGUUGUACCUGGAAUUACCGCCGGCGGCAUUGGCGCCCUCGAAUGUCGCCCUGUUGGAGCGAUAUCGGUACGGAGUGGAAGUUUCUCCAUUGGUGAGGGCGAAAGAAAGUGCUUUAGAUCCCGAAUUAUUCAUGAUUUUGCGUGGAUUUGUUCAGGGAAUUCAAAUGCACAUUUUGGAAUUUAUCCGGGAGACGUUCAACGAACUCGGGAGGAUGCCACAUUUGACGGAGGAACAACACAAAUUACUUCGUCUCGUGUUUUACCAUCAUUUUCAGGAAUUUUCCAUCGAAGAAGCUGAUAAAAAAUGUCCAUGCCCGAAAUUUUAUCCAGAAUCUGAGUCAGAAGAGGAAGAAAAUGAAGAAAAACCUCAAGAAAAACCUGAAGAAGAACCGGAAAGUUCGGAUUCGGAAGAGUUGUCACCAGAAUUGGAAGCUUUAGCGAAGGAUUUGGAUGAAAUUGAGCAUCGCCAUCGUACUUUUACGGACUUUCAAUGGUACUGCCUUCAACAAGAAGCCGACGAAAAUGAUUCUGAAGAGGUUCGACGAUGGAUCAAGCCGACUGACGAGCCUCGCGAAACGAAUUUGGAAAAAGCUCUUGAAAAAGCGAACCGAAAAUGUGAAGCACAAGCCUCGGGAAGUGACGAAAAAGCGUGGAUUGAUCCUCUAACGGAGGCAGUUGAAGCUCUUUCAACGAAAAAUGACGAAAAUGAACCUCUUAGCGUCAUCAAGCAGCUGAAGACGACACAAACGAUGAGUGCUCCUCCAUAUCCAGACGACAAAGGGUUUCAAGCGCCGCCGUAUCCGCCAGCGGGAGCUCCAUAUCCAUCAGAUGGUCCUCCGCCGAUGGGAUUUUCCGCGCCCGGCAUGUAUCCAAGUGCUCCAUAUCCGAAUCCCGGCGGCUAUCCAGCUCCAAAUGCGCCAUAUCCUCCGCCGCAGCAGCAACCUGGAUAUCCUCCUGCUCCACAGCCCGGUUAUGCGCCUCCUCAGCCUCAAGGUUUCUAUCCGCCGCCUCAAGGAUACGCUCCGCCUCCCGUAAUCGAUCAACAGCCAAUGUAUCCGCAGCCUGGAAUGCAACCCGGAAUGCCUCCCGGCUCUCAAUGGAUGCAACUUCCCGAACAUCAAGUCCUCAUUCCCGAUUGCCCGCCGGGACUCGAAUACCUCACAACUGUCAGCAGUCUCUUUGUGAAGCAAAAAAUCGAACUUCUCGAAGCUUUUGUCGGUUUCGAGACAAAUAAUCGAUACACAAUUAUGAACAAUCAAGGCUUGAAAGUUUUUUGGGCGGUCGAAGAGAACGAUUGUUGCACGCGAAAUUGUUGCGGACCUUCGCGUUCGUUCGAAAUGAAAAUCAAAGAUGCCCAAGAUCGGGAAAUUAUUCAUUUGUCGCGCCCCUUGCGAUGUGACAGUUGCUUUUGCCCGUGUUUCCUGCAAGUAAUGGAAGUUAGUGCUCCGCCAGGGAACAUUAUCGGGACUGUCGAACAAAAUUGGAGCAUUUUUGGACCGCAAUUUAGUAUUAAGAACCAAACGGGUGACACAGUGAUGAAAAUCGAAGGACCUUGCUUGACGACAAGUUGCUGCUUUAACGACGUAAAAUUCAAAUUGAUGACGCUCGAUGGCCAAAAAGUGGGAAAAAUAUCGAAAAAAUGGUCCGGCAUCGGCAGAGAAAUGUUCACAGACUCGGAUUUCUUCGGCAUUAGUUUCCCCCUGGACUUGGAUGUGCGAAUGAAAGCCGUGAUGUUGGGAGCUUGUUUCCUCAUUGACUACAUGUUCUUCGAAAAACGCGGAAACAAAGAAGAAGAUCGUCCUGGAAUGCUGUAAAUUUACGUAGAAGACACGAAAUUGCUUGAAAAAUGCCAAAACAUCACAUUUUAAGCUUCCGUACGCAGAAAAUUAGUUACUUAAGAUUUAAGUCGAAUAUCUCAUUUUUUUACGAAUUCCGAAAAAUUUUAAAAUUUGGAUGUUAAAUAAGCACUUUAUUGAACUAAAUGUCGAAUGAGAUAUGAAAGGCCUUACAAAAAAAGUGCUGUAAAUGGUUUAAUGUACUCUUCCAAUAAUAAAAAUCUAAAUAUUUUUGGUCGUAAUAAUAUUAAAUGUGCAAUCAAAUAAAUAU